GCGUCGGCCGAUGCCGCUUCAGCCGGCGACAUCUUACCCUUCGCAGGCUUCUAACUGCCAUAUUUAUUGUUGGAUUAUCUAGAAAUUCACCAUACAUACUCACAAAUGUUUGCUCUUUCGUAUUGUCGUGACUUGUUUUGAUUUAGUUGCGGCGAUCGGACGAGAACCUCGCAAAAAUAGGCGUUUGCGGCGAACCCCGAUGCGUUGUUUGUAUCAGCGACAUUUUGCCACGAGGGAGUUGCCGAGAAUGAGCCGGCACUGAUCUAUUUGCGUGAAAUGAAAGGUGAAAGCUGAGCGUGAUCCAGCUGAUGUACCAGACGGGAACCAGUCGAGUGUGAGCCGACUGGCCACUUGUCCCACCGCUGCGCCAAAAACACAUCUGAAAACCACGCGCUUUGGACACUUGCUGCACACAUGCUCUGAGUUCCAAUCAUGUUCCGCAAUACCAUGUCUUUCCUAUGUACCUUUUUUGUUUCUUUUAUUUAGUUGUGCAAUGUGCAGGCAAGAGUGCGUUGAAAGAGUUUUGGCACGGCAGAGGUGGGCACAGUUUUCAGAUGUGUUGAAGUUUCAAAGAUUCAUUGAUAUGAUGUGAAGUGCCUCUGAAAGUACAAAGUUGAUGGACUUUUGCUGUGGGUGAACUGCUCAAGGAGAAGAUGUCACUCAAGAGCGAGCGUGCCCUCAGGAAGGGAAAUCUAACCAGGACCAGGAGGAGGGCUUUUGUACUUGUUGACACUGCGGGAAGUAAGAGGGAGCUCUGCUCGGUACUCAAAGACCUGGACGUUGCUCUUCAAGCGCUCCUGGAGGUCAAUGAGAAGUAUGGGUUGUCACUGGAAGAUGAAGAUGAGAGACGCAAGUGUGAGGUGUAUGGAGAGGAAGCAACAGAGGAGCACCGACUUGCGGUUGAGAGAGUUGAGGCUCAUGUCAAGGGCCGAGCGGAUGAAACCCCCUCUGUGUCGGCAGUGGCGCAUUCGUCUGCAUCGUCGAAAGCUGCAGCUGAGCAUGCCACCAGGAUGGCUGAAGUAGAGAACAAGGUUCGAGAAAUGGAGCUCAAGCAGUUGCAGAUCCGCCUGCAGAGAGAAGAAGAAGAGCAGAGUCUUCGUCGAGAGCGACAGCUUCAGGAAAAGCAGGAUGCCUUGAAUGCUGCGAAGUUGAAGACAGAAUUGACGAGAGCAGCGGAGAAUGAGCUGGCUUGGGAUAGAAGGGAGGAUUUUGUUGGAGCUGAACAGCAGGAACAGCAGGAGAAUGGUCAGGAGGCCAAGCAGAAAGCGGGCAAGAGAAGAAUCACUGCAGAUAAAAUGGCAGAAAAUCAACUCUUCUAUCACAGCUUGCCCCGGCUGAAGCUGCCGACCUUCAGUGGGUCAGUGGAGGAUUGGCCGAGGUGGCACUCCCUCUUCUCGGCCAUGGUUGAUAGGCAGGACCUGACCAAUGAUGAGAAGAUGGCACAUCUCCAAAAUUCUGUCUCUGGAUCAGCAAGGGCACUCAUCGGAGGCAUGAUAUGUGAUGGGAGCUCUUACUCUGAUGCGCUGAAGGCUCUCAAGGAGAGAUAUGGACAAGAGGUGGACAUUGUGCAUGCGACUCUGAAAGCUGUCUUCACCUGCGCACCUCCUAAGGCUUUUGAUGCAAAGUCGCUGGAGAAGUACCAUGGUGCAGUUCAUGGGGCAUGCACCACUCUGAAGACAAUGAAGUUUGAGGGUGACCUGCAGUCGUGCGAAAAUCUGAGGCGGAUGGUCAGCAAGCUUCCCCUUGAUCUCAGGAAAUCAUGGGCAGAGCACACUCUUGGGUUGGAGCGGCCCACUCUGACUGAAUUUGAUGAGUGGCUGCGCACGCAGGUGGGAGUGCUACUUCGAUGUGAAGCAUCAGCUCCAUCUGCAUCAACGACCAGGCAGCAGAAGAAUGUCGGGUUGUUUGUAACAACAACCACCGCCAGCUCCAAAUCAGGCUGGCCAGCGGUGGCUGGACACACUGGUGGACGACGGCGGAGGGCAGGAGGACGUCUGUAGCAUUCUGGCGGGUCGCCGGUGAGCGACUCACGGGCCCGGCUGGACAGCAGACGCGCGGGCGGCAUCCUGUGUCGCCGAGCUGGCUGGUGACCGGCGGUCGGCGCGGUCGGGAUGCUGUUCGUGGGGACUCACCUCUGCGGGCCGUGGCAUCGGCCUGCUCGAGCUGGCGCGAGCUGGUCUGGGGUCGGCUCGCCGCGUCGCUGAUGCCGGAAGCUGACGGAGGGCAUCGGAUGGCGUGUUGUGUUAUCGAGGGGCGAGCGGCGGCUCUGAGUGAUUCGGAGCGGGCCGCGCGUCGGCUCGUAUCGCGUCUCGUGGUGUGGCGCUAGGCGUCAGUGAGACAGUGUUUGUGUUGUGUGCCGUGCGCUCCGGACGCCUCGGCCAUGAACUCUCUGAAGUAUAAACGACUCGGGUGUCGUAGAAGAUCGUCUUUGUGUUCGAGCUGGCGGCUACCAGGCCUUCUGUGUUGUGUACUGAAGGUAGUUCGUGAUGGCAGUGAACUGACGCUGUGUAUGGCUCAUGCGGCUCAGGGAGUUUCCUCCGAAACUGGGGGGGGGGGGGGAGGAUGUCGUGACUUGUUUUGAUUUAGUUGCGGCGAUCGGACGAGAACCUCGCAAAAAUAGGCGUUUGCGGCGAACCCCGAUGCGUUGUUUGUAUCAGCGACAUUUUGCCACGAGGGAGUUGCCGAGAAUGAGCCGGCACUGAUCUAUUUGCGUGAAAUGAAAGGUGAAAGGUCAGUAUUUUUGAUUAUUGUGCCACUGACAAUGAUGAGCAGUUGGCCGUGGAUAUUAAACUGAUAAACUGUGGCUAGACAACUGAUAUAUUGUAGACAUUAUGUUCGUUGCGGCAAUUAUGGCGCGAGUUCCACGUGCUAUUGGGGUUGAUAUUGCUAAUUUAGAUUAUUUACUUUGCAUUUGAGCCUUUGAGAUCUAGCACAUUGUAAAAACUGGUACAUUUCCUCGUGCAUUUGGGCAGUGGCAGGUGUAAUAGGUUGUACUGUUGUGUGUCACCAGCUGAGCGUGAUCCAGCUGAUGUACCAGACGGGAACCAGUCGAGUGUGAGCCGACUGGCCACUUGUCCCACCGCUGCGCCAAAAACACAUCUGGUCAGUAAUUGCUAUCUUUAUUUGUAACAGAACAAAUGCCAGUUGUAACUUGUCAUUUUUGCUGAUUGAUUUUAUGUGCAUCUGGCAAAUGUGCAUUUUGUGUCCGCAUUUCGUACAAUGUGUGAACUGUCCGCAUCAAUGUCCGCAUUUGAUCCUUGGUUAUGUUGUAUGUGUGAUUAUUGGUUGUUCUUUUGCAGAAAACCACGCGCUUUGGACACUUGCUGCACACAUGCUCUGAGUUCCAAUCAUGUUCCGCAAUACCAUGUCUUUCCUAUGUA